GUUACUAUUGGCGCUCGCCUUGAAAAAAGAUGAUGAAUGCCAAUCUGAGCACCUUAGUCACUCAAUUUGUACAAGGGAUUAAGUCUCGUAAUGAAGAAGACCGACUGAGAACAGUCACUGAAUUGUGCAAAGUUGUUAGUGGUGAACUGAAAGAGGUCUCAAAUCAAAACUAUGUUAUCUGUUUGGAUUUGUUAUGCAAUGAAUUUAUCAGUAUAUUUUCAAGUGGUGAUCUACACGAAAAGAAAGGAGCUGUUAUGGCAAUGGGUUGUUUAGCUGAAGUGGAUUUUAUGAGUGUACAUAAUCAUUGUCAACGAUUUGUUAAACAAUUAUUAACUCAAACAUUUACUACAGAUCUUCAAUUAAUAACAUUAGAGGCAAGAUUUAUUGGAAAGUUAGGCUUAGUAUUCCCCUAUGAUUUUAUUGAAGAACAAAUUAAAAAUGCUUAUGAUAUACUAUUGAAGGAUAGUACUGAUGCUCAAAAACAUUUUGCUAUACUAACAUUACGAGAAUUCAUUUUGAAUACACCGACAAGUUUUUGUCAACAUAUGUGUUCAUUUAUUAGUGCUAUAAUUUUUGCACUUCGAGAUAAAAGCUGGAUUACACGUGAAUUAGCUGGAAUGACAUUAAAUUGUGCAUUUUAUUUAACAGCUAAACGUGAACAACGUCGUUAUACAACCUACUUAGGGAUUGAUUAUAAUCGUAUAGGUGAAACAUUGGGAAAUUUUUCAACUCGUGAGAAUAAUAUAGUAACUAUGCCUAGUCGAACAAUUUUCACUUCUACUAGUAGUAAUAGUAGUAGUGGAAUUUUACGUCAUAAAACUAGUCAACAGUCAAUGAAUAAUCCUAAUCCUGAUUAUUUAAUGAAUGAUAUUAUGUCGACUACUUCAUCGUUUAUUUGGUAUCGUGAUUGUCUAAUUGAAGCUGUACGUGUACAAGGCGGUGGCGGUGGCGGUGGUAGUGAAACACUUCCAUUGACCCAACCAGAACAAUCAAAUCAUCACACUAUCAAUCUUCGCAAAUUAAGUCGAGAUGAUUGGUUACACGGGAAUAUAUUGAUAUUACAAGGCUUACUUGUAUGUGUUCAACCACAAUUUGGAAAAUUAUUAAUGGAAUUAGAUCAAAUGUGUGGCUUGCCAUUGUUUGAAUUUCUUACAUUAAAUCAAACUGAUGCAAAUCAAGCAGUACAUAGUGUUUUAAAUACACGUUGGCCAAUUACUAAUACUUCAUCAAUUCUUGUUACUAUCGGUGUUCUACCUGGUAGUCCAUUUUGUUCAUCUAAUUCAGAGCAAUUAUCAAAUUUAUCUUUAGAAGUAUUAGGUUUACAUGAUGGUAUAAAUAAUGAUUGUCAAUAUUCACAAACAACAACAACAACAACAACAACAACAGGAUCAUCAACAUUACAACAACAUCAUGAAUCACAAUCGAAACAACAACAACAACAACAACAACAUUAUGGAUGGGAGAAUUGUAAUGAUUUAUCUUCAGAAAUAUGUUAUCAUCUUUUAUUGGAAAAUAUUGAUAAGUUAUGGUCCUCAAUACUCCAAUGGAUGAAUACACGUAAUCAUCAGAUUAUGUUUCUGCUUUAUAAACUAAUUCCACGUGUAGUUGCAUUGAAACCUGAUGAAUUCUUGGAUGUUGAACGUCAACGUGUUGUUAUGGAGUGGAUGUUUCAAUGUUUACGUAAAGAAAAGGAGAAACCGAUGAUUUUAUUGAAUAUAUCUCUUAUCUGUUAUUUUAUGGGUAAUGAAUUUGCUACCUCCAAUUAUCUUACACAACUAUUUCAAUUGAUUCGUUCGUAUUUACCAACUCAAAAGGAUAUUUCUAAUAAGAAACGUUCACCGACAUUAGAGACUGCUGCUAUCUUAUCUAUAGGCUUGUUGGCGAAAUCACUUGGUUGUACAGUUAAUGAAUCAGUGAAUCAACUUUUAGAUGCAAUGGUAGCAUCUGGAUUAAAUCAACCUUUAGUCUCCACCUUCAAGGUCAUUGCUAUGCAUAUUCCACGAUUACGUAAAGAAAUUCAGGAUUGUCUUUUAGCUAAUAUCAGUUUAGUAUUGAUGAACAACAGCAGUAACAGUUUCAAUCAUACUCAUUCGAAUAUAACCAAUCCUGCUGGUGAUAGUUAUGCGUCAACACUAUCUCUCUUUCCAAAUCUAAUCAAUCUGAUUGGUGUAUUCAAUUCUACAGGGAAUUAUGGUGUAAAUAUAGCCAAUAUCAACUUGAAUGGGAGCAGCGUGAUAGCUGGUACUACUACUACUACUACUCAUACUACUACUGCUACUGCUAAUACAACUACUACUAGUAAUACUACUACUACUACUACUACUGGUGGUGGUUUCAAUAACACUAGUCAUAGUAUUAACAAUUUUCCAUUAUCCACUGCAACACGUCUCAUUUUUGGAUCAUCAACUACGAGCAAAAAUCAUUCAUCAAAGUUGACUAAUGUUAUCAAUACCAAUUUAGAAUUUAGUCAUAUUGCUUUACCUGGAGGUUUAUCUACUUGUGGAGAAUCUACAAAUGAUGUAGCUGUUGUUGCAUCAGCGUUGAAAACGCUUGGAACAUUCAAUUUCGAAGGUCAUGGAUUAGCUCAUUUUAUUCGACAUAUAUGUGAUAAUUUUAUAUCUGUGAAUACAUGUGAAGUGAAAGAGAUUCGUAUAGAAGCUGUAAAAACUUGUGCUUAUUUAAUUAUUCCAUGGUUGAAGUCAACUGAAACUCAACAAUGGUAUGCUCGACCUGCUGUAAAUACAGUUGCCAAUGUUUUGAAUCAAUUACUGACAGUUGGAAUUAGUGAUCCAGAUCCAGAUGUCCGUCGUUGUGUAUUUCAAUCAUUCGAUCGACGAUUUGAUCCACAUUUAGCUCAAUCAGAUCAUUUGAAUUAUCUAUUCUCAGCUUUAUACGAUGAAGUGUUCGAUAUACGUUGUUUGGUAAUGCAACGUCUUGGCCGAUUAUCAGAUAUUAAUCCUGCCUGUGUUCAGCCUAAUUUACGCAAAGUUUUAUUACAUACGUUGAAUGAUUUAUCGCAUAGUGGAUCAACUCGAAAUAAAGAACAAGCAGCAUUACUUCUAGCCUCUUUAAUUGCUACAGCACCGAAAUUUUUUAUACCAUAUUCUCAACCAAUAUUGCAUAUAUUACUGCCACGUAUACGAUCAGCUUUACCAGCAUCAUUACGAUCUGCAUUAGCAGUGAAUAGCUUUUCAAGACUUCAAAAUUCUACUCUUAACAGUUAUGGUAAAGAUACUGAUUCAUCAUCAUCAUCAUCAUCUAGUCUUUUCCCUAUGGAACGUGUAUCUGAAAGUACUCAAUUAAUACAGAAUAUGAUUUUAACAACACAAUUAGCAGCUAAUGCUACGUCAGCAGCUGCAAAUGCUGUAGCUACAGCAAUUUUAACCUCUGGUAGUGUUGUUGAUGGUUUAAAUUAUCUUCUAACAAAUAAUAAUAAUAAUAUUACAUCACAUAUUGGUAUUGUACCACGACGUAUACCUAUCAAUCAUUUGGGUACAAAUCAAAUUACUUCAGCAUUAAUUAAUACAAAUGCUAUUUCAAUGGUGACAAGAGCAGCAACAGCUGCUCAAGCUGCUGUUAAAGCAGUAAUCGCUGCAGCUGAACACAAUACUACCGGUGGUGGUGGUGGUGGUGAUGUAUUCACUAUGGAAGGGAAGAAUACAUUUCUAAAUGAUAUGCUGUCAAAUAGUUAUAUGGAAGCAUCAAUGUAUAAUUUCCCUGAUAAUUUAAAAUUUGAUUUCAAUCGUGAUAAUUAUUUCAAUGGGAAUUUUCCUCCUGGUGGAUAUUAUCCUUCUUAUCAUAUCAAUCCAAUUAUACCAUUAAUUAAUCAUAAAAAUAUAAUACCUGAAUCAUAUACAUUAUUAUAUAAUCAAUUUUAUUCAUCAGAUUUUAAUCUAUCUAAACUAUAUGAAUAUUCUUCUACAAAUAAUAAUCAAUGGAAUGAACCAACAUCUGUUAUAGUUGCUUUAUUUACUAUAUUAGGACGAUUAGCAUUUAUAACACCACAUUCUAUAUAUACAUAUAUGGAUGAAUUUAUACCGAUUCUAGCCUAUAUGAUGCAGGAUACAUCAUGUUACUUGAAACGAUCAAUUGCUGUUUGGACAUUGACUAAAUUGGUUUCGUACACAGGAUAUGUUGUUUCACCGUAUAAACGUUAUCCUCAGCUGUUGACUAUCCUUUUGGGUAUGUUAAAACGUGAAGAAAUUAAGUGUAUUAGACAAGAGGUAUUACGUGCUCUUGGAGUACUUGGAGCACUUGAUCCUUUCAAGUUCAAAUUAUACUCUGGCGAGGUUGAUACAUAUGGUGAUACUGGGAUCGCUGUAAGUCAUCAUGAAGUAGUUGAACGUAAAGAUGUGGAUAUAACUCAAUCAGAAUUGGUUAUCAAUUUAUCUUGGGAAAGUCGUGAUAUUUUCUUUUCUGUAUGUGCAUUAUCUGCAUUGAUACAUUUAUUACGUGAUCCAGCACUUCAUACACAAUAUGGUAGUAUUGUGCAUACAAUUGUUUAUGUUUUAAAACUUUUGGGUCCACGUUCUGUUUACUAUUUACGUCAAUUAAUACCAGAUUAUUUUCGAUGUUUAGAAAAUACACGUGAUGUUAGAUUACAAGAAUUUCUUAUACGUCAAUUGGGCAAUGUUAUGACUAUUGUACGCUUACAUACUAAAGAAUUUGCACAUGAAGUUGUCGAUUUAUUAAUUACACACUGGUGGAUUGCACCAAAUGUUCAACAUGCUUGUAUUAAUUUAUUAAGUCCUAUGUCAUGUGUAUUAGGUGCUGAGUUUCGCACUUAUUUAACACGUUUAAUGCCAACAAUAUUAAGAACAUUACAUCAUGAAUCAAAUGAAAUGAAUUUAAUAGCUCUUUUAGAAAUUCUUCCUGAAUUCGGAUAUACACUUGAAGAUUAUGCUCAUAUUCUUGUCCCUGCUAUUGCUAAUUUAAUUGAUAUUAAUAAUGAAACAAAUUUAUCGAUUUUAUUGAAUAGUGUUUCAGAUAAUUUGUCAUCAUCUAUUUCUAAUCCUAUUGGAUCAUUUAUGACGUCAGUAUCAACGAUGACAUCAAUACCUUCAACAUUGAACAUUGAUUCGACUGGUAUCAAUUUAUCAAAUAUUCUUGGAAGUGUAUCAGAUAAUAAUAAUAAUAAUAAUAUGACUAGUUCAACUAAUCAUGAUUCAACUAUGAAUACUACUACUACUACUAAUAAUAAUAAUCAUUCAUUGACUAUAAAUACUAUAACAAAUAGCUUAAAUCAACCAAUAAUUAUUGGUAAAGUUGGUAGUGUACAUCUUCGUAAAGCAUGUUUAGAGUGUUUAGCUCGAUUUACUGAUUGUGUUGAUUUAGAUGAUUUUGCUGGACAAAUAAUUCAUCCAGUAUGUCGUUUACUCUUAACUUUAGAAUCAUGUCAUCAAAGUUUUCAACAACAUUCUCAUUUAUCAUCAUUAUCAUCUUCAAAUAAAUCAUCUGCUACUAUAGGUAGUCAAGUAUGUUUAAAUGCAAUCAAUCAAUUACGUGUACCAGCUAUGGAUGUAUUAACUGGUUUAUUAUUUCGUAUGGGUCAAAAAUUUAAAUUAUUUUUACCAUUAGUUCAAAAAAUGCUUAAUCGUUUACAAUUACAUACUCCACGUUUUAAUACUGUUCUUGGUCAGAUUGAAAAAGGCGCUUAUCUACCGACAACUAAUGAUCGUGUACACAUGAAAUUUACAAGUCUAUCUACUCGUAAUCGUGAACAGAAAGUGACUAAUAGUGAUAUAGAAGCACCUGGAAAUGUAAAACUCUUAAAAAUUAACAAUACAAAUUUAGAACGUGCAUGGCAUUCAUCUCGUAUGAUUAGUCGUGAUGAUUGGAGUCAAUGGUUGAAAACAUUGAAUAUGGCAUUGUUAAGAGAAUCACCAAGUCCUGCUAUACGUGCUUGUAGUCAAUUGACAGCUACUAUAACUACUACAUCAGGUAUUGGUCGUGUAUUAUUCAAUGCUGCAUUUCUUAGUUGUUGGCCUGAAUUAAAUUAUCAUCAACAAGAUGAUUUAAUUAAUACAUUAGAACGUGUACUUCGUGUACCUGACCAAUCACCAGAAGUUAGUCAAACUAUUCUAAAUCUUGAAGAAUUUAUGGCUCAUAUGGAUAAAUAUUCUAGUUCAACAAAUCGUGUUCAUUUACCCUUACCAUUGGGUGUUUUAGCUGAUCGUGCAUUAAAAAAUCGUGCUUAUGCUAAAGCAUUAUACUAUAAAGAACAUGAAUUUCUUAUGGAAUGUGAAAAACGUUCAUGUCCAAGUCCAGCAACUUUAUCCUCUUUACUCACUAUAUAUAGUAAUCUGAAUUUAGAGGAAGCUGCAAAUGGUGUACUAUUGUAUGCAACACGUAGUACACAAGAUAAACUGGCGAAUGAAGAAGUUUGGCGAGAGAAAUUACGUGAUUGGAAAUGUGCAUUAAAUUUAUAUGAACGUAAAUUAGAAGAUGAUAGAAUUAAAGAUAAAAGUUCACUAAUUCUUGGUAGAAUGCGUUGUUUACGAGCUUUAGGUCAAUGGUCUCCAUUGAAUAAUAUGGCUUGGGAACGUUGGAAUGAUGUAAAUGAUCAAAUGCGUUCAUAUAUAGCACCAUUAGCGUGUAAUGCAGCAUGGGCAUUAAAUGCAUGGGAUCGUGUUGAACAUUAUUGUCAAGCUUUAUCAAUUGAUAAUAAUUUUGAUGGUGCAUUCUAUAGAGCUGUAUUAAAUAUACAUUUUGGACAAUAUAUUAAAGCAUAUGAAUAUAUAAUGAAAGCACGUGAUCUACUCGAUUCUAAUUUAACUGCAAUGGUUGAAGAAAGUUAUAAUCGUGCAUACACAGAUUUAGUCGGUACUCAAUUAUUAUCUGAAGCUGAAGAAGUAAUACAGUAUAAAUUAAUUCCAGAACGACGUUCAAUACUUCGUGAAGCUUGGCAAUCUCGUUUACUUAAUUGUAAUUCAGUUGUUGAAGAUUGGAGUCAAAUUUUACAAUUGCAUAGUUUAGUAUUAGAACCAUUUGAAGAUCGUAAAUCUUGGUUACGUUUUGCUGGAUUAUGUCGUAGAAGUGGUCGAUUUAUUCUAUCACGUCAAGUAUUAGAAAAUUUACUCGGUUUAGAUCCAGCUAGUAUUCCACCAUGUGAUCCUAUUCCAUGUAAUGAUCCAGCUAUUGUUUUUGCUUAUACUAAAUUAUUAUGGUCAGUUGGUGCACAUGAAGAAGCCGUUAAUCGUUUAUGUGUAUUAAAAACAUAUAUAUUAGAGUUAUUGUUAUUAUUAUCUGAGAAUGGAAUGAAUAUUGGUAUGAUUGGUUAUGGUAAUACUAGUCAACUACAACAACAACAACAACAGCAAGGAACAUCUAUUUAUCAAUUAUGGUCGCCUAAUUUAUUAACUACAAAUGAUACAUUAGAUAAUAUUGAUUCAAGACAUUUCGGUGGUCAAGUGAAUAAUGAACGUGAUGAAUUGAAGAAGUUACUAUCUAAAUGUUGUUUAAAAUUAGGAUCAUGGUAUUCUGAAUUGUAUACACGUUCACCGCCUGGAAUCAAUCAAACAGAUAGUCAUUCAAUUGUUUAUAAUACUUCAGGAUCAAUUUCAUCACCAUCAGGAGUAGCAGUUGUAGCAUCAUCAUCUCCACCACCAUCAUUAUCGUCUUCGUCAUCAUCAUCAUCAUCGUCAUCAUCAUCAUCAUCAUCAUCAUCAUCACCUAUGCUAACAACAGUUAAUGGAAAUGAUUUACAGUAUUCAGCAGCUGCUACACGUAUUCUAUCUAAAGUGAAUGUAAAUAAUAAUACUAUUGAAGUAUUGCCUACAUGUGAAGUAUCAUAUUGUGCUACUAGUAGUAGAACUAGUAAUGUAAUGCGUUUAUCAAAUAAUCCUGUUGGAGGAAUAAGAGUUAAUACACGUGAUACAAAUUCACGUGGUACUGCACCUGUUACUUCUGCUGCUCCUCCUUCAACAACAACAACAACACAAACAUGGGAAGAAAGUCAAGCAUUUGUAAUACAAUGUUAUCAAACAGCAACAUUAUAUACACCAGAUAAUCGUAAUGCUUGGCAAUCAUGGGCUAUGGCUAAUUAUGCAGUAUUCAAUCAUUUGGAUACAUUGAAAGCACGUUUAGAGAGAGCAGAAUUAGAAUUGAAUAAGCCAAUUGUUGAACUUGUUCGUGCAAAAGCUGAUUUACAACGAUGUAUGGAAUUACACGCUACACCAUCUGUUCGAGGUUUUGUCAAUUCAAUUAGUUUAUCACCGACAGCUAACUUACAAGAUAGUCUACGUUUAAUCAAUUUAUUAUUUAAAUUUGGUCAUUUAACUGAAAUUCGUGAAGUUAUUCGUGAAGGUUUAACUAAAAUACGCCUAGACAAUUGGUUAUUAGUGAUACAACAACUUUUAGCUCGUAUUGAUACACCAAGAGAAUAUGUAGCUAAUAUUAUUGUUGAUUUAUUAAUAUCUGUUGGACAACGUUAUCCACAAUCUAUGGUUUAUCCUUUGGUAUUGGCAUUCAAAUCUGGUGGAUCAGAUCGUCGACGUUUUAAUGCUAAUCGGAUACUUUAUAGUAUGGAGGAACAAAAUUCACGUUUAUUAUCAGAAGCAUUUUUGCUUAAUGAAGAAUUAAUACGUUUAUCAAUAACAUGGGUUGAAAUGUGGUCAGAGUCUUUGGAAGAUGCAUCACGUGUAUAUUUUAUUGAAAAGGAUAUAGGAAAAAUGUUUCGUUUAUUAUAUCCUUUACAUCAAAUGAUUGAUCGUGGUCAUGAAACAAUUCAUGAAGCAACAUUUUUACAAGAACAUGGAAAUGAUUUAAUUGAAUGUCGAUUAAAUUGUGAACAUUUUGAACAAACUCAAACAAAAAUUGAUUUACAAAAAGCAUGGGAAGGUUAUUAUACUUUAUAUAGACGUUUUUCUAAACAAGUCAAUAAUAUGACCACAUUAGAAUUGACAGUUGCUUCACCACGACUACAUGAAUAUGGACAAGAUUGGCAAUUAGCAGUACCUGGAAGCUAUGAACCACAUAGACCGUUAGUACGAAUAGCUAGUAUAAAAAAUUGUUUAUAUUUUAUUAAUUCAAAACAACGUCCACGUAAAUUGACUAUAAUGGGUUCAAAUGGUCAACAGUAUAUAUUUCUAUUGAAGGGGCAUGAAGAUACACGACAAGAUGAACGUAUUAUGCAAUUCUUUGGACUUGUCAAUACACUAUUAAUCAAUAAUGCUGAAACUUUACGUCGUAAUCUAACAAUACAGAGAAUGUCUGUUAUCCCAUUAUCAACAUAUACUGGAUUAAUUGGUUGGGUGCCAAAUAGUGAUACAUUUCAUAAUUUAAUACGUGAUUAUCGCGAGAAGGCAGAUAUUGUCUUAAAUAAGGAAAAUCGUGAAAUGCUUCGAUUAGCUCCAGAUUUUGAUCGUUUAAAUGUUAUUCAAAAAACUGAAAUCUUUGAAGCUGGCCUACGUGAAUCAUCAGGAAGAGAUUUAGCCAAUAUAUUAUGGUUAAAAAGUCAUAGUUCUGAAGCAUGGUUUGAACGUAGAACCAAUUUUACUCGAUCAAUGGCUACUAUGUCUAUGGUUGGUUACAUUUUAGGUUUAGGAGAUAGGCAUCCAUCAAAUAUUAUGUUAUCUCGAGAGACUGGUAAAGUGGUACAUAUUGAUUUUGGUGAUUGUUUUGAAGUAGCUACAAUGAGAGAGAAAUUCCCUGAAAAAGUUCCAUUUCGAUUAACACGUAUGAUUAUUGCUGCUAUGGAGGUAACAGGUAUAGAUGGUGUAUUUCGUCAUACUUGUGAAAUGGUUAUGUCACUUAUGCGAAAUAAUCGUGAAAGUCUUCUAGCUGUCUUGGAAGCAUUUAUUCAUGAUCCAUUAUUACAAUGGGUAUUACAUGAGAAUCGUAAAGAUUUAAAUUAUUUCGAGAAUAAAUUAGAAGAUAAUAUAGGAGGGACUACUUGUACUAAUGUUACUAUUGGUCCUGUUUUACAAACUGGUCAAGGGAAUACUACUACUACUGGUGUUAUACCUACAACUGCUGGUAAUGUGAAUGUUACAAAUACUGUUGAUAAUGGUGCAGGUGGUGGUCAAGGUGUACAAGUCAAACCACCUGGUACACGUAAUGUAGAUUAUUCACAAAAACAAGUAUAUACUACUACUACUAAUCAUCAUCAUCACCAUCAUCAGCAUCUUGGUGUUCAAAAUACUCCACGUCGUCCAAUUGAUAAAAGUAUUGGUUUAAUACCAUAUGUUGGAGGUCAACAAAAUCUACAAGGCUAUCAUCAUCAUCAUCACCACCAUCACCACCACCAUCAUCAUCAUCAUCAUCAGCCACAACAACAACAACAACAACAACAGCACCAUCAACAUCAUCAUCAUCAUCAUCAAUGUCAACAACAAUAUUCUAAUCGAUUAGCAAAUUCGCCUAAAAAAGUUUUCACUGAUCCAAAUCAUCCUGAUAGUAUAUCAUUACGUGAUCCACAGAAGGUGAAUCCAUGGCGUCAUCAUUUAUGUAAUGGACCGUGGUUUGGAUGUUAUGAAACUGCUAAACGUUUAAGAAAACAAACAGAAACUGGUCAUAUAAUUGUUGAACGUGUCGGAUUACAAGGCUUUAUAUUUUCUGCUAAACCUUCAAGCAAUGAAGAUUCAUCCAUCGACAUAGAAUGUCAACCUGUUACUUUGGGAAAUGUACGUGCACGUUCAGUUAUGGAAAGGAUACGUCAAAAAUUAACCGGUACAGAAAGAGAUCAACUGAUGAGUAUAUCGGAUCAAGUUGAUUUUUUAAUACGUGAAGCUACUUCAAAUCAAAAUCUAUGCCAAAUGUAUAUAGGCUGGUGCGCAUUCUGGUGAUGUCAUUUCAUUCAAUAAGUAAUGAUAUAGUUCAAUUUUCAAUACUUUGUUUCUAAUUAAUAAAUUUUGUAUAGUAUGAAUUAAAUUUUCAGAGAGAGAGAGAGAGAGUUGUAGAGAUUUAGAAAUAUUUCAAGUUGUUAUUCUUUAUAAACUAAUAAUCAGUUGAAAGGAUAAAAGAAAACCUGAUAACACUGGAC